AUGAGCGGAGUUGGAUGUAUGAAUAACAAUCGUGAGGGAUCCAGCCUGUCAACAAUUAGUAACACUUUGUCUGCAGUGAACUCGAAACCUAGAUCGCACUCAAUAAAUUACGUAUCGUCGGAUUAUGAAAGUUUGGAUUACGAUCAUUACGAAAGUGAACUUACUGUUAGAGAAGAAAAGUUAAACGGUUAUAAGACAGUAGUGGCGAGUAAUGUGAUUAGAUGGCUUAUUUAUUUUUCGAUCGCCAUAUGUACUGCAGCAGUUGGAAUUUUUAUUGAUACUGUAAUUGAAUAUUUCUGUAAUUGGAAGUUUCAAUCGAUUCGAAAUUGUAUUGAUGUUAAGCACUCCACGGUAGAGUGUCUGAUUAUUUGGAUACUUUUCACCGUCAUCCCUACGCUGGUUGGAUGCUGUGUAGUGCUAUUCAUGGAGCCCUCUGCUGCUGGAAGUGGUAUUCCGUUUGUAAUAUCUUAUUUAAACGGAAUUCGUAUACCGAGAAUGACGGCCGUUCGAUGUUUGUUGGUAAAAGUAAUAAGCGUGGUGUGCGUUUGCAUAGCAGGUCUUGGUGGAGGAAAGGAAGGACCAUUGAUCCACAUUGGAGCAAUGGUUGGUGGUUCAGUCGUAGAAGCUUGGUGGAAAGGUUUUAGAAACGGUCCUGGUCGGAAAGUCAUUGGACCCUUACAAAAUGAUCGAGAAAGGAGAGACAUGAUGGCAGCAGGCGCUGCUGCGGGAUUAUCGGCCGCCUUUGGAUCGCCUGUAGGAGGGACAUUAAUGAGUCUCGAAGAAGGAACAAGUUUUUGGAGCUCAAGUCUCAUGUGGAAAGUGUUUUUUUGUGCAGCAAUAGCUUUUCCAACAUAUAACGCUGGUAAAAACGUACUGUUUUCAAAUAAUACAAAUCCAUCAGAAUCUGUUCACAGCAAAAGUAUUUACUUUUUUGGGAAGUUUAAUGAAAAUACAAUUUAUUUUUCUUAUUCAGAAUUCCCCAUUUUUAUUAUAUUUGGGAUAUUCGGCGGUUUACUUGGAGCUUUAUUUGUCAAUAUUAAUUAUCAUUUAUCCAUUUUCAGAAUGAAACACAUUAUAUCCAACAGAAAAAAACUUAUGGAAUCAGUAUUCGUCGCAGUGUUUGUUGCGAUAAUUAAUUUAACAUCCAUGAUUUUGUUAAACAACUGUCAAACAAAAUUAGAGAUAAGCUCGUCUAAUGUAGUACAAAUGUAUUGUCCAGCAGGGAGUUAUAAUGAAAUAAGCUCAUUUUGGCUUCGUACUCAAGAAGAAAGUAUCAGAUCAUUAUUUCAUUAUCCGAUUGAAGCAUAUUCAGUCGUCCCAUUAUUAGUUUAUUGUGUAAUUUAUUUCAUAUUAACUGAGUUAACUGUCGGUCUUAACAUGUCAGCUGGAUUGUUUUUGCCUUCGUUAUUGAUUGGAGCUGCUUGGGGACGCAUCGCAAGCAUAGUUAUUCAUUAUUAUUCUCCUGGUACUAUUGGAGUUGACCCAGGGAAAUACGCAUUACUCGGUGCUGCAGCACAAUUAGGAGGAAUCGUCAGAGCUACUAUAAGUCUGACUGUUGUUUUUAUUGAAGCCACAGGAAAUGUUCAGUUCUUGUUGCCACUGAUGAUAACAUUAUUCACAGCUAAAUGGACCGGUGAUUUUUUUACAGACGGUAUUUAUGAAAUGCAGAUUAAGCUGUCGGGUGUUCCUUUAUUAGUAAGCGAACCACCGCCUUUAACUAGCGAUAUAACGACAGAAGACUUUAUGAGUGAUACAGUCUGUGCAAUACCUCACAUACUAAUGGUUGGAAAAUUAGUGGAUAUAUUGAACACAACUAAACACAACGGGUUUCCUGUGGUAGCAUCAAAAGUUUGCUUCUGUCGGACAAGGAAUAUAGAGCAUAAAUGUUAUGGCUUGCUUAAAGGAUUUAUUCUUCGGUCUCAGUUAAACGUCAUCCUUGAGCACAAUUUAUACCUCACUCCUUUGCACGAUGAAAAUUAUUGUACAAAACUGGAGCUCCUUAGAAAGUCAACGUAUACUUGUCACGACACUCAACAGUUCCAGAGAUUGAAAGUUGAUGAAGAUGAAAGAGGUAUUGUUAUUGACCUGCGACCAUAUAUGAAUUCAGCACCAUAUAUAGUGAGAUUAGUAAGUACCUAG